ACAGUUGCCUGCUGGGUUGUUUACUUGUUUUGACAAUUUCCCCGUCGCUUCGUAACAAAACAAACAGCAACAGCACCAAAUAUUCUUGUGCUGGUGAAAAAGUUUUUCUGUGCCGGACCGGGAGUGUUUCUGUCCUUCCAGUCAUGCUUGGACAACUUGCUCGCCGGCAGAUUUAUGGCCGGUGCUUGUACGCCCUCCAUACACGCACCAUCAACGUGGACAGCUCGACCAAGCUCGGAUUCCCUUGCGCGUAUACCGACGAGGAAACGAAGAAAAUUCUAAACACACUCAACGAGCAGGAGGUGGAAGAGUUGUACAAAUACAACAUCUCCAAGUACCGGCUGAAGAAGAUUGAAGGAUGGCGCAAAAAGUUCGGUUCCUUUCUCUCCCUGGAGCAAGUGCUCGAGCUAGACGGAUUCGGUGUGACGGUACUACGCAAAUUCUACGACUCCAUCGUCCAUGGACCAAAGGAGGAUGCGGCCGUUGCUCCUAAAGCAAUCAAAAGGGACGUUAAAUUCACAACCCCGCUGCUUAGCGCUCAGCUGGUACCGAAAAUCAACAGCUGUGUGUCGUUGCAUGUUGGGUUGGACUACGUGACCUGGGCCCACUUCAAGCUAACGAAAGAUCAACCAACAGCGUUGGCCGGAUGGAACAGUUACAACAUCAGUGAUCGGAAGCUGCACAUCAACGAGCUGAUCCGGAACGUGUCCCAAAUCAAUCGCCUCAUCCCGGAAGCGGAUGUGUACGUGGUGGAAAACCCACCCGUUGCGCAAGCCUCUGCCAUGGGUUCGGCCGUUCAGACCAACAUUAAUGUGCAGCGUUCGCAGCUAAUCGGCAUGCUGAUGCUGAUGUUGGCAAACAGACCUUCUCCGUUCACCGACAGUGGCUCGAAUCAACCCACGGAUGGUUCGAUCGGAAGUAACGUUUUCUUCCUGAAACAAUACCUGUCCGCGAGACUGUUUGGCAUCUUUGUCGGCAAUGAACGGGUCUCUUCCGAGGAAGUAAUCCGAUCGAUCAUGGAACGACAACUAGCUCCGAACGAGGAAACGCUUGAAUCGAUGCAGUCUCGCCUGAUCAUACCGUCCGGUUUGAAAAUUAUCUACGAAGAAAACGACAGUGCCGAGCGAGAGUUCCUUGGUCAGUCCCUGUUGCUCGGGCUUACCUUUUUGCGGCUUUGCAUAUUCAAAUGCGAGGACAGUUUGAAAAUAUUUCGAAGAUAAACACAACAGCUGCGAAAUCGAUGCCUUGUGAUAGAAUGCUGUCCGAAAAGGACAAGUAGAAUGGAAUAAAAUGCAACUAAAUUUACCUGACGAAAAGUGCACA